CGGUUCACAGUUUGUCUGGUCGAUUGCACCUCUUUCCCACUACGGCGACUCGCUCUGCCCCUUCGAGCCCGCGCAGCCCCGCACUAGCCCAAAGUCGAGUGUAGAGGGGCGCCAAACCUCGCCAUCUGGAUUCAACAAGCAAACCAAAGUUGAAAUUAAACUUGUUUAGGAGUGACAGUGGCCCGCAUGUGCAACUAUUGUGCGAUAAAAAGUGAUAAUACGUAGUGUACGUGAAAAGUUGACGUGUUAUCGGUGGAGCGGAAGAGACGCUACGGGCGUGGCUGACCAAGCAAACAUUACUCAUACCCGGCAUCCAACUGUCAAUCUGACAUUAAAAAUCGUGAAGUGAAUAACAAUGGCAGUGUAGGUCCAAACCGGUGUUUUAUCACAAUGAGUGCCAACAAUGUGAAUGCUCAACCUGCCCCUACCACACAAGCCACCGCCACGAUCAAGUCCAGACCCAACAUAAUGCCCAGCAGUUACUUGUACACCUCGAGCAGUGCCCUUUUGAACCGCAACUCCGAGAAUAAGCCCACGCCGCCACCCACCCUCCCCAAGUACACGUCGAGUUUCAACGCCGGCAGCGGCCUCAACCGCGACAGGGACAAGGACAGCAUCGGGGGCUCCUACCGACUCUCCAGUCUCGACAGACUAGCCAUGAGGCAGAAAUUCAUGGACCAGCAGAGUCCCACAAACGCCAAUUCCAAUGGCACGAUCGCCCAGACCAACGGCAGCGAAACCACAUCAAUACAAACCAAACGCGAGAUGUUUUUCACCUCCACCACCGACACCAAGGACUCCAAUAGAAUCAAACCAUCCACAAUGGACAAACCCCCCGAACCCCCGGUCAAAUCCCCUCCGGAAGCAACCAAAGAAGACACUAGUAAGGAAUCCACCCCGGAAAUCGUCAAAGAGAGGCCUAAACUGAAAGAAUUGGACGGUUAUGUAGGCUUCGCAAAUCUGCCCAACCAAGUGUACCGGAAAGCCGUAAAGAAGGGCUUCGAAUUCACUCUUAUGGUCGUGGGGGAGUCCGGCCUUGGCAAGUCCACACUGAUAAAUUCCAUGUUUUUGACUGAAAUCUAUAAUUCCACGGAUUAUCCCGGACCCACUCAAAGACUCAAGAAGACCGUGGCGGUGGAAACCACCCGAGUCAUGCUCAAAGAAAACGGCGUAAAUCUCUUACUAACAAUGGUUGACACCCCCGGAUUUGGCGACGCCGUCGACAAUAGCAACUGCUGGGCCCCCAUCAUUGAAUACAUUGAAUCAAAAUACGAGGACUACUUAAAUUCCGAAGCUCGAGUCACACGAAAACAAAUCCCUGACCAGCGGGUCCACUGUUGCUUGUACUUCAUCCAACCUUCAGGCCACGGCCUCAAAUCCCUCGAUAUAGAAUUUAUGAAACGUUUAUGUGAUAAAGUGAACAUUAUUCCAAUAAUUGCAAAAGCCGACACUUUGACGUCCGACGAAUGCGCCCUGUUCAAAAAACAAAUCCUGAACGAAAUCGCCCAAAACAAGAUCAAAAUUUACGAAUUCCCCGACACCUCCGAAGACGACGAAGAGCACAAGUUGAACAAAUCCCUCAAAGAGCGAGUCCCUUUUGCAGUGGUGGGCUCAAACACAGUCAUAGAAGUCGACGGAAAGAAGGUCCGGGGUCGGAGGUACCCCUGGGGUAUCGCCGAGGUCGAAAAUUUGGAACACUGUGAUUUUAUCGCACUUCGUAACAUGAUAAUACGCACUCAUCUCCAAGACUUGAAGGAUGUCACCAAUAAUGUGCACUAUGAGAAUUACCGAUGUCGCAAACUGGCGGGCUUGGGGGUCGAUGGAAAGCCUUCACGUAUUUCAAACAAGAAUCCUUUAGCGCAAAUGGACGAGGAGAAGCGCGAACAUGAUCUCAAGAUGAAGAAAAUGGAGGCGGAGAUGGAGCAAGUGUUCGAGAUGAAGGUCCGUGAGAAGAAGCAAAAGUUGAAAGAUAGUGAAGCAGAGUUGACUAGAAGACAUGAGGCGACGAAGAAGCAGCUGGAGCAGCAAGCGAAGGAGCUCGAGGAGAAGAGGAGACAAUUCGAGCUCGAGAAGGAGCAGUGGGAGAARGAGAAUCAAAUCACGGUUGAAGAGUUGCGUCGAAGAUCGUUGGAAGGUAGCAGAGAAGCAGUGGAUGGAAAAAAGGAGAAGAAGAAAAAGGGACUUUUCUAACACUGAAUGUAUAGUUUUGGUGUGGUACCUUCUUAACAUUCAUGGUAAUUUUUUUAUUCUAAGUGACAUACAUAAACGGCAGAGAUAGUUUCGUAUAGUGAGACACUCCCGCAAUAGAUUGAGAAAUUAUUGUUUUGAAAAUACACUAACUGCCAUUAUAAAUAGCGUAAUUGUCUACGUGCCGAUUUAAUAUUUUUUACCAUGAUUAAAUUGUGAGCUGUUUAGAAUCGUACAGUACUUUUAAGAGAAUAUGAAUGGGAAUUAUUUAACUUAUAUAAAUAAAAUCAAUUAUUUAAACAGAAAAGUGUCUUUUCAUGACAUUUUGCUUCUAUGCAAUGUGCCAUUAUUUUUUAUUAUUUUUAUUUACAAUGUAUUAACUGUAAAAAUAAAUUCUUUUCUGAGA